GAGGAUUCUGGGCGUUGUAGUUCCGACGCCGCCGCUGCGCAGGCGCACUGGCGUGCGUGGAGGCCGGCCCAGCCGAGCCGGCGCCAUUGCUGGAGGCGUUCCCGCCCUGCUCUCCGAGUGCCCUCAGUUGUCCUCAGUUCGGCCGCCAGAUAUGUCUCUGUAGAUCUCCACUCUCUCCAGAGAGGGGAACCCAGGGGAAGAGAUUAUGGCUGCUGUGGUUUUUUCAAUUGGACCUCUGAGUCCUGAAGUUUCCCAGCCGGAUGAAGAUCUUCGCCUUCAGGCAGAAGAACCAGAACUGGUAAAGGAAUCAGUGACAUUUAAAGAUGUGGCUAUAGACUUCACAUUGGAAGAGUGGAGGUUGAUGGACCCUACACAGAGGAACCUGCACAAAGAUGUGAUGCUAGAGAAUUAUAGAAAUCUUGUCUCCCUGGGGCUUGCAGUUUCCAAACCAGACAUGAUAUCUCAUUUGGAGGAUGGAAAAGGACCAUGGGUGGUACUAAGAGAAAUUUCAAGAACCCCCUAUCCAGAGUUGGAAACCAAACCUGCAGCCAAGAAUGCUAUACCAACAGAGGGUGUUUCUGAAGAAGAUUUAUCACAGGAGGCCAUAGUAGAGAAGCUCACAGAGAAUGGUCUGUGGGACUCCAGAAUGGGAGGAUUAUGGAAAUGGAAUGACAGAAUACUGAGAUUGCAAAAUAGUCAGGAGGGUCAUCUGAGUCAAAGAAUAGUUACACACAAGAAAACUCCCACUGGUCAGAGAGGCUUUAUAUCUAUUGUUUUUUCAGAGCAAGGAGUUAUCACAGAAGAGCCCUACAGCAAAUGCCAAACACACAAGGAAAAUUUCACAGAGAAUUUAGAUAUGAUUACAGAUACCCUUUUGGGGAAGAAAAUUUGCAAUGAUACAGAAGGCAGCAAAGCCACAAGGCCUACUUCAGAACUUACUUUAGUGAAAAAACCCAAUAAUAAAGAAAAACCCUAUAAGUGUAGUACAUGUGCAAAGGCUUUUCGUUAUAGGUCAUUACUCAUUCAACAUCAGAGAACUCACACUAAAGAAAAACCUUAUGAAUGUAAUGAAUGUGGGAAAAUGUUCAGCCAGCCUUCAUAUCUUAGUCAACAUAAAAAAAUUCAUACUGGAGAAAAACCCUAUAAAUGUAAUGAAUGUGGAAAGGCCUUCAUUGCUUCUUCAUCACUUAUGGUACAUCAGAGAAUUCAUACUAAGGAGAAACCUUAUCAGUGCAAUGUCUGUGGAAAAUCUUUUAGCCAGUGUGCUCGCCUUAAUCAACACCAGAGAAUUCAAACUGGAGAGAAGCCUUAUAAAUGUAGUGAAUGUGGGAAAGCUUUUAGUGAUAAAUCAAAACUUGCAAGACAUCAGGAAACUCACAAUGGAGAGAAACCCUACAAAUGUAAUGAUUGUGGGAAAGCCUUUCGGAAUAAAUCAUAUCUUAGUGUACAUCAGAAGACACAUACUGAAGAGAAACCGUAUAAAUGCAAUGAGUGUGGGAAAUCUUUCAAGAAUACCACAAUUUUUAAUGUUCAUCAGAGAAUUCAUACUGGAGAGAAACCCUUUAGAUGUAAUGAAUGUGGGAAAGCCUAUAGAAGUAAUUCAAGCCUUAUUGUACAUAUAAGAACUCAUACUGGGGAAAAACCCUAUGAAUGUAAUGAAUGUGGGAAAGCAUUCAAUCGUAUAGCAAAUUUCACAGAACAUCAGAGAAUUCAUACAGGAGAAAAACCCUAUAAAUGUACUGAAUGUGGGAAAGCAUUCAUUAAUUAUUCGUGCCUUACUGUACACCACAGAAUGCAUACAGGAGAGAAACCUUAUAAAUGUAAUGAAUGUGGAAAGGCCUUUAUGCGUUCUUCAUCUCUAAUUAUACAUCAGCGAAUACAUACUGAAGAGAAACCUUACCUGUGUAAUGAAUGUGGGGAAUCUUUCAGAAUAAAAUCACACUUAACUGUACAUCAGAGAAUUCAUACUGGAGAGAAACCAUAUAAAUGUACUGAUUGUGAGAGGGCAUUUACCAAAAUGGUAAAUCUCAAGGAGCAUCAGAAAAUUCAUACUGGAGUGAAACCCUAUAAAUGCUAUGAUUGUGGAAAAUCCUUCAGGACUAAGUCAUACCUUAUUGUACAUCAGAGGACCCAUACUGGAGAAAAACCAUAUAAAUGCAAUGAAUGUGAGAAAGCUUUCACUAAUACAUCACAGCUUACUGUGCAUCAAAGAAGGCACACUGGAGAAAAACCCUAUAAAUGUAAUGAAUGUGGGAAAGUUUUCACAAGUAACUCAGGCUUUAAUACCCAUCAGAGAACACACACUGGAGAGAAACCAUUUAAAUGUAAUGACUGUGGGAAAGCAUUUAGCCAGAUGGUACAUGUCACAGAACAUCAGAAAAUCCAUAGUGGAGAGAAACCCUAUAAAUGUGAUGUCUGUGGAAAAGCCUUCAGGAGGGGUUCCUACCUUACAGUGCAUUGGAGGACACAUACUGGAGAAAAACCCUAUACGUGUAAGGAAUGUGGAAAAGGUUGUAUUACUCUAUCACAGCUAACUCUACAUCAGAGAAUUCAUACUGGGGAGAGGCCCUAUAAAUGUGAGGAUUGUGGAAAAGCCUUCAGAACUAACUCAGACUUUACUGUACAUCUGAGGAUGCAUACUGGAGAAAAGCCCUAUAAAUGUAGUGAAUGUGGAAAAGCCUUUAGGAGUAGUUCAAGCCUUACUGUACAUCAAAGAAUACCAGAGAGAAACUCAACUACUAUAGAGAACAAUGAAUUGUUUAUCCAGAUGUCAGCUCCACAAGAACAAUCUUAUAAACUGUAUAUUUUAUGAAUGUG